ACUGUGUUUUUGGAGAACGUUUGGUUGGUGUAAGUCCUUCCUGUCUUGAAUGGCCUGUUGACCUGAUGGAAAAGCAUCUCUCUCCCACAAACCGGUAACCUGAGACUGACUGCAGGCAACAGAUGCCGAGGAGCCAUCAAGGAGCAGAACUCCACAUUCAACACAUUCAAAGCAGGUCCACGGGGAGCCGUUCUGAAACUUCGUUUUCGAAACUCUAUCUUUGUUUAGAAUGUUCUCAACGACAGUCUUUUCUGCCAUGUGAAGUGAGCUAAGAAAGCAGGGCACUUAAAGGUGGAGCGAGGGUCAGAAGAGCACACCAUCCAGCCAAGAUGAUGAUGGGAGCAAGCCCACCUGGAGCACUUGUUCGAUAUGCGAUUUUUCUUGGAUUUAUGUUCCAUCCCUGCCACAUGCGACUGUUCACCAAUCGCUGGGCAGUCAGAAUAAGGGGAGGCCAAGAAAAUGCUGAUUUGAUUGCAGAGAAAUAUGGAUUUUUAAAUAUGGGUCAGAUUGGUGGACUGAAGGACCACUACAACUUCCUGCACCCGGGAGGCAUGAAGCGCUCCACCGUAGAGAGCCGAGGGAACCACAGCCUGAUCUCAACGGAAAGCGAGGUGGAGUGGAUCCAGCAGCAGAUGGUUCAUAGGAGGGUGAAAAGGACUGAGAGAGCCAGUCAGACUCAUUCAACCCUCUUUAAUGACCCCAAGUGGAGCAGCAUGUGGUACAUUCACUGCGAUCACAACUGCUUGACCGAUAUGAACAUUAAGGCAGUGUGGAGAAGAGGUUACACAGGGAACGGAGUGGUGGUCUCUAUUCUGGAUGAUGGUGUGGAGAGACUACACCCUGAUCUGAAGCAGAACUAUGAUGCUCGAGCCAGCCAUGAUGUUAAUGGAAAUGAUUCUGACCCCACACCACGAUAUGAUGCUACAAAUGAAAACAAGCAUGGGACGAGAUGUGCUGGAGUGGUAGCUGCUGCUGCUAACAACUCACUCUGCAUGGUUGGAAUUGCCUACAAUGCCAGGAUAGGUGGUGUGCGGAUGCUGGAUGGAGACAUGACGGACAUGGUGGAGGCCCAGUCGCUGAGCUUGAGACAGCAGUACAUUGACAUCUACAGCUCUAGCUGGGGGCCAGAUGAUGAUGGCAAAACAGUGGAUGGUCCUGGACCCCUUGCUCGCCUUGCUUUAGAAAACGGCAUACGCAAAGGAAGGAAGGGGCGUGGCUCCAUCUUUGUAUGGGCAUCAGGCAAUGGGGGACAAAGAAAGGACCACUGCUCAUGUGAUGGAUACACCAACAGCAUCUUCACCAUCUCCCUGGGCAGCACCACCCAGAGUGGCCGCAAGCCCUGGUACCUGGAGGAAUGCUCCUCCACUUUAGCCACCACCUACAGCAGCGGGGAAAGCCAAGGCCUGGGCAUCGUGACGACUGAUCUGAGGCAACGCUGUACUGAUGAGCACUCUGGUACCUCAGCCUCGGCUCCCAUAGCUGCUGGAAUCAUUGCCCUGACCCUGGAGGCAAAUCCUUUGCUGACCUGGAGGGAUGUGCAGCACAUCAUUGUGAAAACAUCACGCCGAGGUCACCUCAGUGCCCCUGAUUGGCAGAGCAAUGGAGCUGGAUAUGAUGUUAGUCAUCUGUAUGGGUUUGGGCUGAUGGACGCCGAGGCAAUGGUGAAAGAGGCAGAGACCUGGCGAGAGGUUCCUACUCAACAUGUGUGUGAAGAAAGGACUGUUCAGAAUGCAAGAGUCAUUAGUCCAGAGAAAGUGUUGAGGUUACUCUACAAAUCCUCAGGCUGCUCUGCCCAGCGUACCCAGCAUGUGGCUUAUGUGGAGCAUGUGAUCAUACGGGUCACCAUCACACACCCACGCCGUGGAGACUUGUCCAUAGCCCUCACCUCCCCAGCCGGCACCAAAUCUCAGCUUCUUGCUCUGCGGCCUAAUGACCACUCUACGGGUGGCUUUGUGAAAUGGGAGUUCAUGACCACACACUGCUGGGGUGAGAAAGCAGCAGGAGACUGGAUCCUGGAAAUCAGAGACUCCCCAUCCCUAAAGAGGAACACUCGACCUGGGAAACUGAUGGAAUGGGCUUUGGUGUUUUAUGGCACCUCCAGCCACCCAUAUCAGCGACACGAGCAGCCCCGCUCAGCGGAGAUGUCCCCCGAUGAUGACAAUACUGAGGAAUACAACAGUUCUUGUGACCCAGAAUGCAGUGAAGAUGGCUGUGAGGGUCCAGGUCCACAUCAGUGUGUUUCCUGCUUGCACUAUUUUUUAAAAUUCAAGAAUGGCACCAGGACAUGUGUGUCUCGUUGCCCACAGGGCUUUUGGGGUGACAGGAAGCGCUGUAAAAAAUGCUACUCUUCCUGUACAACAUGUACAGGCAGCCGUAGUGACCAGUGCACAUCCUGCAAGCCUGGACACCACUUGGACUUGGAGAACGGCAGCUGUGUGACCAGUUGUGGGGAUGGGUCCUACAUUGACCAUGAGGAGAACAUGUGCAGAAAAUGCAGUGAGAACUGUGAGAAGUGCACCUCAUCCAGUAUUUGCACAGAAUGUACAGAAGGCACAAGCCUGGUUGGAAACAAGUGCCAGAAGAGUUGUGAGGAUGGUACCUUCUAUAGUGAGCAGAGUGAUGAGUGUGAGCCAUGCCAUGAAGCCUGUGCCACCUGUGCAGCUGCAGGUCUAGAGUCAUGUAACCGCUGCGCUGAUGAAUAUCUGAUGGAGGACUGGAUGUGUGUGACAUCCUGCAGACAGGGGUUUUACCCUACACAGUCUCGGAUGGACAACACAGGACAGACACAGGGCUUCUGCAGGAGGUGUGAUACCAGCUGUCUAGCCUGUGUUGGUCCAGGUAAAGGUAACUGCAGUGAGUGUGUGGAUGGACACACGCUGCAGGAUGGAGUGUGUGUGCUGAGUCAUGACUGCAGUGAUGGAGAGUACCAGGAUGAGGGGGGGAACUGCCGUGCAUGUGAUACCACCUGUUAUAAGUGCAAAGGACCAAAAGAGGAGGACUGCAUUGGUUGCCCAGCCUCCCGCUGGUUAGAUGAGGGUCGUUGCACAGCGCGCUGCUCAGAGGGAAAGUACCAGUCUAAUGGGCAGUGUCAAGUGUGUGACCACACCUGUGCAGAUUGUGUGGAUGCUGGUCCUGCUAACUGCACCAGCUGUGACAAAGAUAAGUUUGGAGUGGAUCGGUACCUGCAUGGUGGAAAUUGUGUGGCUGCCUGUCCCGAGGCUCACUUCCACACUGUGCUAAAGACCUGUGAGCCAUGUCAGGAGCACUGCAGGCUGUGCACCUCUGCCACACACUGCCUCAAAUGCAACAGCUCGUACUACCUCAGCCAAGGAACCUGCACUCCCCUCGAGUGUGGAGAGGGAGAGGUUGAAGACCCUGAGUAUGAUGACUGUAUGGCAUGUGAAGAAGGCUGCAAAAAAUGUGUCCUUUAUAACCCCAAACACUGCCUGUCCUGCACUGAAGGCUACUAUAAGUAUGAAGACGGCUGCUUUAAACACUGUCCUGCCAAGACAUAUCCUGUAGAGGAGACAAUGGGCUGUGUGGCCUGCGAUCCUGACUGUGUCAGCUGUGAUGAAGAUGAGUGCUACUGGUGCGAGACUGACCUGUUCUUAUCAGAUGGGAAGUGUGUACCAGAGUGUCCAGAAGGUUUUUACGGUGAUGAGGACACUCAGGAGUGUGAGGAGUGUCAUGCGGACUGCCAGACCUGCAGUGGACCAGGAGAUGAUGAGUGUGUCAUCUGCCACGAAAGCCUGGUUCUGGCAAGUGGAGAGUGUGUGGCUGAGCAGGACAUAUGUCCUGCUAAAACCUACGUCUCUGAUGAUGGUGAGUGUGAGUCAUGCCAUUCUUCUUGUGAGACCUGCUGGGGCAGGCUGAAGAAUCAGUGCAACACCUGCAUCACAGGGCGGUAUCUGACCACUGAGCAGCUGUGUGUCACACGCUGCCCAGUGGGCAGUUUUGGCAACAAGGAAAGUGGACAGUGUGAGGCAUGCCCACAGGGCUGCUCCCAGUGCCAGGAUGGGCAGCGCUGCACUCGCUGCUUAUCAACUCGCAAGAAUGCCCUCUACCUGCAGAGUGGACAGUGUGUGCAGCAGUGCUCCAGAGGCUACCCUGCAGGACUGGUGUGUAAGAGCUGUGCACCAGGCUGUGCAUCGUGUGAGCACAACGCCACAAACUGUCUCAGCUGUCAGCAGCCCUUACUUCUCCACAAACACCAGUGUGUGCAGUCAUGCCCACCUGCACACACUCAGCGGAGUGGGGAGUGUGUGCAGUGCCCACAGGCCUGUCUCCUGUGCUCAGAGGAAGGCCAGUGUACAAAGUGUGAAGAGACUGCUUUCCUACAUGAGGGGGAGUGUGUAACAGCAUGCCCUGAAGGAUUUUUUAAGGACACAGAGCAAGGAGUGUGUGUGCGCUGUCACUCAGACUGCGAACUCUGUGACGGGCCAGGUCCUGACGACUGUCAGACCUGCGCCGAUUCCAGUAACAUCCUCCACAAUGGAGCAUGUGUGUCAUCCUGCCCCUCACACACUUACAGGGACAGCAGAUCUGGGGAGUGCAUGGUGUGUCACAGCACCUGUCGGACCUGCUCGGGUCCACUGGACACUGACUGCACCAGCUGCUCCGAAGACCUCAGGACAGACAGCCACGGGCGCUGUACCACACCUACUACCUGCCCCUCGCACCACUACAGUGACCGUGAGGGUGAAUGCCACCUGUGCCACAAGCACUGCAAUCAGUGCUCUGGUCCAGACCACAGCCAGUGCCUCAGCUGCUACCCAAACCACUACCUGCUCAACGGUACGUGUGUAGAUGAGUGUCCCACAGGCUUCUUUAGAGGGGAGACUCUGUGGUGUGAGCCAUGCCAUCCCAACUGUCUGAGCUGCAUAGGCAGACACAGUCACGAGUGCCUGAGCUGCAGGGAUCAUCUCUACAGAGAGGGAAAGGAGUGUGUGGAGUCCUGCCGGCCUGGUCACUAUGCCAGCACAGACUCCAGGGUGUGUGAGCGCUGUCAGGAGAGCUGUGCUGAGUGUGUGCGAGGCGGUGCUGAGGGUUGUGUGAGCUGCAGGGAAGGCUUGCUGUUGGUGAGGGAGCAGGGCCGCUGUGUGUCCUCCUGCCCCUUCCAGCACUACCGUGACACACAGCACCGGAACUGCGAGCUCUGCCACCACACCUGCAGAAACUGUACAGGUAAAGGAAUGCUGGACUGCAGCUCGUGCAGUCCUGGAUACACACUCUCAGAGGGAGCUUGUGAUUCGCUCUGUGGCAUGGGGGAGUAUGUUGUAUCUGAGGAUCAGAGUUAUAACUGUGCAGUCUGUGAUGAGUCGUGUUUGGAGUGUAAAGGACCCGGGCCACACAGCUGCACGAUUUGCUCUACAGAGUCCAUUCUGACCAUCGAAGGGCGCUGUCUGCCCUGCUGUAGGAACGAGCAUGAUGAAGAUUCUAGAGUAGAGGAACAGGAGUGCUGUAACUGUACACAGUCCAGAGGCAAGUGUGUCCUCAGCUCAAACUCUGCUCUGCAUGACCCUGAGGAAGAGGAGUACCCAGGCAACCUGGCACUCUUCAUCACCGCCUCCAUCCUGCUGGUGCUGGCUCUGGUCGCCAUAGUUAUGCUCAUCAGACGCUCCUCCAAACGACCAAGGCCUGACACCGCUGUGGCCCGGGGUUAUGAGAAGCUGGGCCACAGCAGCGGUAAGGAUAGCUAUCGUGGAGGCUUGACGUCGUCCUCUUCUACCUAUGGUGGCCAGGCCGGCUCCAGCUCAGGACACUUUAAUGAGAAUCAGCUUGUGGACCUCGGGGACGGGCCGGCGGACGAUGAGGAUGAUGAAGAUGAAGAUAUUGUGUACAUGGGGCAGGACGGCACGGUUUACCGCAAGUUCCGCUAUGGACAACUGGGUGAGGAGCAGGAGGACGAGCUGGAAUAUGAUGAUGAGAGCUAUAAUUUUAAAUAGUCUGAGAAGAUUUUCUGAAACAUGACAAAAGUGCUUCACCGAUACAUGACUGAAUGUCCAAGUUGCAUCAAGGUGACACUAAAACACAGGGGUAGCUUGCUAUGAUUUAUUGAACCUGCAGCCAUAUAGGUCAGUGUGUAUGAUAAAACCAUAAGUUUAAUGUUAUAUUUUACUGUUUAAGACAUUACUACUGAGGAACAAAGCUGUUUUGGCAACUUGACCAGGUGUUUACAACUAAUUUAUCACAAUGAAUUCAACAGUUUCAGCAUUUACAACUCAUACUGUUCUGUGCUGUAAUUGCUGACUUUGACUUAUAUGUCCUUAUUUCAUCACCUUUACUCUAUUUGCUUUCUGUGAUAUUUUGAUUGUGUGAAUCAAUGCAUUUUGCUCAAGCAACACUUUAAACCUGUGCCUGUGCAGCAUUACAUAUUUAAGGGCGAAAAAUUCACAUUGUUUGUUUGUCACUGAUUUGGUGUGAAAGUGUGUCUGUUCCACUCAUUUUAAUAAAAGUGGAAUAAA